AUGUCUAGAUGGUUAUUGCUGCGGCUGGGACUAUUAGUGGUCGCAUCUGCGAGUCAGACGUUACCAGAAGGUAUUUCUGAUGCGAUAGGGCCUGAUAAUUUCUCGCUGACUGAACUUCUCAAUGAAGCUCUGUCGAAACCUUCCUUUAACCAAUGCAGGGCCGAUGUUUUGACUGGUGGGUUCAUCAGCAUGGGCAACGAGAGUGAUACCUUACAGGACAAUUAUACAGUCAGCACUCCUUAUCUGUUUAUAAGCUGUCCAAAUGAUAGUAGGGCGUCUCAGAAUGACUCAUUGAUGCUUAGGAAUUUGGCUUUGGCACUUAAUGCUCCUUCAGUGGUAUAUGAUAUCGAUAAGGUUCUCUCGAAGGACUCCUUUGAAAACAGUAUUCUAAUGAUUACAUUCACGAAGUGUGCGGUAUGCAUAGGUACCUGGAUGGUAUAUUUGGUCUGGAUACUUUUGCCAUCAAAAACGUCCUUUAGCAAGAGUUUUUUAGUACCGACUUAUGUCCUAUUCUCAGCCAUAUAUGACACAGCGAUGCUUUGCAAAGGUGUUAAGGAUAUUCUAGAAAAACAGUAUCGUUUGAACAUACAAGAUUCAUCUGAGUAUGAGAGCCACAUCGUUAAUGGGGUAGCUCACAAAGUCGGUAGUCUAAUCUGCAAUGCAAUGGCAAAUUUGAAUUGGACUGCUCUGAUUUACUACAUGUUUCAUGACAAUAAAAGAAUAAAAGUGGGCUGGUUACCAUUUACAGUAGCUAACAGAAACAGGCUGAUAAUUGCAAUAGGUUUAGCUUUAACGCUGAUAGACACAGGGCUAUUUGCCGGGUUGCAAUGGCAUGCGACUAGACCCCAUGCGACUAGACCCCUUUGGGUCAGCUUCAAAGUCUUUGAGUUCAUGAUCUAUACACUGUUCUGCGGAUCAACUGCAUUCUAUAUCUGGCGUGAUUUCAGGUUUAUCUUGGCUCCACAACGUAAGAGUUCGACUAGCAAGAUUCCAAUAAUUACUAUAUUACGUCUGAUAUGGGAUGAUUAUCAUGAGACGAUUCCAUUACUUUUUUACAACAUUAACCUGUUUGUUCUGUUGUAUUUUACGACCAUUUAUCUCACCAUCGACUUCAGUCCGACCCACAAGUGGCAAUUUGGAGUCAUUGGAUUCAUGAAGUUGAUAGUCACUGUUAGUGUUUGGGGCCUUAUCAACGUACUUGAAAGGAGAGAGUUCAUCAUCAGUAAAGAGACGGUUCUGGGAAGAAAGAUCUACAACGACGACGAGUAUUUUUUUGAUCCCAAAUUGUCGUCCCAAUAUCGAAGCGUUGACACGGACGGAUCCGGUGGCCUGUCUAGAAGUGCAUCAAGAGAGAAUGAGCGGUCUAACGCUGAUAACGGGAAUCGAAAACGCUCCAUCUACUCUCCAUUGAAAUAUCCAGCCAAAGUGUGGAGGUCACAAAUGGAGCGAUCAAAGAAUAUUCGAGCUAAUAGCAGAAAAAGACGCAAGAGAUUUCUAGAUACUUUCAUUGGCAAACGCGUUAGCCCCGACAGUGCACAUAAACAUCCCGCUGGCGAGAUGAAUGAAAUAUCUAGCCCAACGUUGCAGUUGGGUCUGCACGAAAAUGAAAGAAGCUCCGCCGACUUGAUUCGCGAGUCCGCAAUAAACAGCGCUAGUGAAUGCAAUACGGUCGAGACGACAUUGGCAAGAAACUACAUUUACGGCUACAGCGACGGCGAUUAA